AAAAUCGUUAAUUUAAUAAUAAUACAUUAGUAAUAUCUACCCAGCUCAUUAAAACUAAUAGAUAUCCGUUUGAAAAUUAAUUAAAUUGGCGGAGUUCUAAAUGACUCUGCCAGGCCUCUGAAAGAGAGAUUCCGCGCUCUAUUCACUCUGAAGAAUAUUGGUGGUUCAAUGGCAAUAGAUCAGAUCCAUGCAUGCUUCAAAGAUCCAUCAGCAUUGUUGAAACAUGAGCUUGCAUACUGUCUAGGUCAGAUGCGAGAUCCUGCAGCCAUUAAUAUCUUAACAAGUGUCCUGGAAGAUCUGUCACAGGAGCCGAUGGUACGUCACGAAGCUGGAGAGGCACUGGGUGCUAUCGGUGAGUCAAGUGUAAUUCCUUUGUUGGAAAAGUACCUCAAAGAUCCUAUACCUGAAGUAGCAGAGACAUGUGAGUUGGCCUUAAAUCGGUUGAGAUGGUUAGAAUCUAACAGUAAUGCAAAGAACUUACAAAAGAAUUCAUACUCUACCAUUGAUCCUGCACCACCGAUAGAAGUAAUAGAUGUAAAAAUCUUGAGAGAUAUUUUGUUGGAUGAAAACAAGUCAUUGUUUGACAGAUACAGAGCAAUGUUCUCACUGAGAAAUUUGGGUACCAGAGAGAGCAUUCUAGCUCUUACUGAAGGUUUGAAGACCGGUAGUGCCCUGUUCAAACAUGAGAUAGCAUUUGUACUAGGACAACUUCAAGACGAGACAUCCGUGCCAGGAUUGCAAGCAUCAUUGGAAAACACGGAGGAAAACGAGAUGGUUAGGCAUGAGUGUGCUGAGGCUUUAGGUUCCAUUGCCACUCCUGAAUGCUAUGAGAUAUUAAACAGAUAUCUCCAUGAUAGUAAAAGAGUUGUUCAUGAGAGUUGUGUAAUCGCCUUGGACAUGUGCGACUAUGAAAACAGUACGGAAUUUCAGUAUGCUGAUACAUUAGUCAAGCUUUCUACUACGUGAAGAGUUUUAUUUAUAUUGUCAUUGUAUUAUAUGUAUUUCCUAUGAACCGAAUGAAAGAAGAGAAAUA